GGGCAUUUCUCUAGUAUAAACUAGACGAGCGAAUAUAUUCCAGCAGGCCCAAAUUGCAAACUAUCAAAAUCAAGAAAUCUUUUUUUAGAGCUCACAAUUCAGAAUUUGCUGGAAACAUCUGGUUCUUAACUGAAGAAAACGACAGAAAGAAGAAGAAACUGUAAUGCCAUGAACGGCGGGGACGCCGAUAUGAUGGAGGCGGAUGUUACAUCUCCACCGCCACCGCCGCCGGACCCGAUUUCCGAUCCUAACGCCGCCAGGAAUUGGCUGCUGACGGCGCGCCAGCUCCUUCAUCAAGGGAAACCUUCUCAGGCCCUCCAAGCGGUGGUGAUGGCGAUGAAAAUACAAGGGGAUGAAGGAUCGGUAGCCGAGGCUCUAAAUCGAGCAAGAGAGAAGUACGUGAAUAAAAUCCAGACGAAUGCCGCUGCAGAUCAAUUAGCCUCUCUAUUUGCAGAGUGCGCAAUUGCCGAAGCCACUACCACCACUCCCUCUUUUCAACAACCGCAAUCUCAACAUUAUAAUAAUAAUAAUAAUAUUAAUAAUAACGAAGGAACUACCUCAAUACUCGCUGAGAGUGGGAGGAACCAAAUUGUGCUCGAUGCAUCGUCUGAUGGGAGCAGCUUCGUUUGCUUGCAGUGUGGGGGCCUCGUUUCUAAUCUCCGUAAAGACGAACAUUUCGCCUUCUGGUGUAGCCAAACCUGAUUUUGAGUGAUGUAUGUGAAACCCCUUACUUCGGUUUUUUUAGUUUGUGUGUGUGUUCGUAUUUGUGCACUAUUGAUGAUGUUGUAGUUUACCUAAUAGUACUAUGGUAGUAUUUUGACCGGCUGGGAGGAGUCGGUUGUGAACCGAUGAAAUUUUUGGCAUCAUAUAUACCGUGUAUGAAUAUGAACAAAGGUUUUUUUGUUCUGUUGUAUCUUUCGAUCGAACUUGUAUCAUCUCCUAAGCAAAACUUUCGCCGUAGAAUGCAAUACAAUGUUAUUAGUUGUUUAUUU